ACAACAAAAAAGCUGAAGUCAGUAUCAAAUUUUGUGCAUUGAAAUCAUUAAAAUCUAGCAUUAAAAAUUGUCAAAUAAUCGAAAAAAACCAGAGGAAGGAAAUACUAAUCGCUGGAUGCAAUGGAAUCAAAUGGUAUUCAAAUUUUGACCAUAAAACAAAAAGAAGAGGCUUUAAAUUAUUGCUUAAAAAUGGUUAAUGGCGUGGACAGUAUGGAUGUUCAGGAUUCACUGCUUAGAAACAAUUGGAACAAGGAAAAGGCAGUCGAGGAUCUUAAAAAAUUGCCGCCUAAAUCGAACAAUAAGAGAACAUACUAUCAAUAUCGAAUUAAUGCAAGUGAAAAUGGUACGCAAAAUAAUCAUGUUAGCAAAAAGCCAAGGAGAAAUGACAACGAUGGUGAUGAUGAAUCGGACGAAGACGAAAGGCAAUUUGGAAAGACGCACGUAUUUGAUAGUGAUUCGGAAAAUGAUGGAAAUUAUGCUCCAGAAAUGACCAUACAGCGUAAAGAAGUUUUUGAGUUUUUCAAUUCAGCUAAUAUUGGUGAAUUAACUUGCGUAAGGUCUUGUUCUACAAAGAAAGCUGAGAUUAUUAUAGAGAAUCGUCCAUACAGGAAUUGGGAAGAGCUUGUUAUGAAAUUUCGUGAAAAACCUCUUCAAACUGAAUUACUUAACAAUUGUCAGGAAUUUGUCGAUAAAAGAAAUAAUCUUAAGAAGCUCAUUAAAAAGUGUAAAUCAAUUGUGCUGAAAUUAGAAAAGGCUAUUGAGAAUGGUGCUGGUAUUACAGAACAACCACGUACAUUAAAUAAUGAAUAUAAGCUAGCUGAUUACCAAAUAAUUGGAUUAAAUUGGCUUGCUGUACUUCAUCAAAAUGGAACAAAUGGAAUUUUAGCAGAUGAGAUGGGACUUGGCAAGACAAUUCAAAUCAUUUCAUUUUUGGCGUGGUUAAAAGAAAAUAAUUAUCAGCAGUCAACUCAUGUUGUCUGUGUCCCAUCAUCAACAUUAGAUAAUUGGGCUAAUGAGUUUGCUAAAUGGUGUCCAUCAUUGAAUGUAUCCAAGUAUUAUGGUAGUCAAGAGGAACGUAAAAUUAUGCGAAUUCAAUGGGCAAAAGAAGGAUUCGAUGAUACAGAUGUGAUUUUAACAACUUACCAUGUAAUUGGGUCAUCAAAUGAAGACAAGAAAAUGUUUCGAGUAAGUAACUUCCAGUAUAUAGUCUUCGACGAAGCACACUUCCUAAAAAAUAUGCUCACACAACGUUAUAAUACACUCUUAAGAAUCAAUGCCCAAAGGAGAAUUUUAUUGACUGGAACUCCAUUACAAAAUAGCUUAUUGGAGUUGAUGUCACUGCUUUGCUUUGUUACACCAAAGCUUUUUGAAAACAAGACCGAAGACAUUAAGGCAUUAUUCUCGAAAAAGGCACCAAAACUCGAUGACGGCUCCGAACAAAGUAAUGAUUAUGAACAAGCUCAAAUUCAACGAGCCAAAAACAUUAUGAAACCAUUUAUUCUUCGGCGUCUGAAAAAGGACGUUCUCUCAUUCUUGCCGAAAAAGACAGAAGUUAUGAAAAAAGUUCCACUUUUGCCUGAUCAAGCUGAAAAAUAUCAAUAUGUGAUAGACGAAUAUAAAAAUAUUGAUCCAACAACUGACUCUUACAUGGGUAGAGGAAGUUCUAUUAUGAUGGACAUGAGAAAGAUUGCUAAUCAUCCACUAUUAAUGAGAUAUUUCUUUAGUGAUGCACGAUUACAUGAUAUCUCUAGAGUUUUAGCUCGCGAUUCAGUAUACAAGAAUAAUAAUCCAAAGCAGAUUUUCGAAGACAUUGCACCAUUGUCUGACUUCAAAAUUCAUCAGUUAAGAGAAAAAUAUCCAUCUAUAAGAAAUUUGGUAAAGAUUCCAGAUGAAAUUGUUGUAAGUUCCGGUAAAUUCAAAUAUCUUGAUUCAUUACUUCCAAAACUCAAAUCUGAAGGACAUCGUGUAUUAAUCUUCUCUCAAUUUGUCAUGAUGCUUGAUAUUAUUGAAAAAUAUCUCGGAAUUCGUGGACAUAAAUUUGUUCGACUUGAUGGAAGCACCGCAGUUACUGAUCGACAAGAUUUGAUUGAAGAAUACACAGCUAAUCCUGAAAUAUUUAUAUUCUUGCUGUCUACUAAAGCUGGAGGCUUGGGUAUUAAUUUGACGGCUGCUGAUCGCGCUAUUAUUCAUGACAUUGACUUUAAUCCAUAUAAUGACAAACAAGCUGAAGAUCGUUGUCAUCGGAUUGGGCAGACUAAGGAUGUUGUAAUUUACAAAUUUAUAUCUGAAAAUACAAUUGAAGAAGGAAUGAACGUAAUAGCUAAUGAAAAAUUGAAGCUUGAAAAGGAAGUAACAUCAACAGAUCCAGAAGCAAACUCAGCGGAAGAGCACAAAUGCAUGGUUCGUUUAAUGAAAAUGGCUCUUGGGUUUAAUGAGCAAGCUGCAGAACCUUUCUUAUCUCCAUCAAAAUCAAACAAGGCGGAAGAAGUUGUGGAAGAAGAAAUUGUUUAUGAGAAUGUAGAGUACUUGGACAUGGAUGAUGUUGCUGAGUAAAUUUUAAAGCAAAUAAAUUUCGAUAACCGGAAGAAAAUCUCCAAUUUAAUGUUGAACACACCAAACAAACAAAACAUUAGUUAAGUUUUAAUUUAUAAUUAAAGUUUAGUUUCUUUUGAAUUUAAAGUUUUGCAGCACAUUUUGCCUCGAUUCAGGGUAUCUGAACUAACAAAUGUAGUAUUUUCUUUGAGUUCAAAUCUCGAAUCGCGAGCUACAAUUGAUGCAGAUUUGAGUGUAAGUGCUAAAAUGUGUAGCAAAACUUAAAAAAGCUUUUUUGGUUUUUAUAUAAAAAAAUAAUUCAUUCCGAUGUUAUAUUUUAUUCACCAAAAAAAACUUUAAGUAAUAUUCCUUUUUUUUCACACAAUUCACUAAAACUAAAAUUUAAUGGAUAUAAAGGCUGGAAUAAAUAAAGUAAAUGUAUU